GGAAGUGCUCGUUGCGGGUGCACAGGGCGCCUUCGAGCAGCGGCGACCGAGACGGCAAAGGAGAGCGCCAUGGAGCAUGUGACGGAGGGCUCCUGGGAGUCUCUGCCAGUGUCACUGCACCCGCGGGUGCUGGGCGCGCUGCGGGAGCUGGGCUUCCCGUACAUGACGCCGGUGCAGUCUGCAACCAUCCCUCUGUUCAUGCGAAACAAAGAUGUCGCUGCAGAAGCGGUCACAGGUAGUGGCAAAACACUCGCUUUUGUCAUCCCCAUCCUGGAAAUUCUUCUGAGAAGAGAAGAGAAGUUAAAGAAGAGUCAGGUCGGAGCCAUAAUCAUCACCCCCACCCGAGAGCUGGCCGUUCAGAUAGACGAGGUCCUGUCGCAUUUCACGAAGCACUUCCCCCAGUUCAGCCAGAUUCUUUGGAUUGGAGGCAGGAAUCCUGGAGAAGAUGUUGAGAGGUUUAAGCAACAAGGUGGGAACAUCAUUGUGGCCACUCCAGGCCGCUUGGAGGACAUGUUCCGAAGGAAGGCGGAAGGCUUGGAUCUGGCCAGCUGUGUGCGAUCCCUGGAUGUCCUGGUGUUGGAUGAGGCAGACAGACUUCUGGACAUGGGGUUUGAGGCAAGCAUCAACACCAUCCUGGAGUUUUUGCCAAAGCAGAGGAGAACAGGCCUUUUCUCAGCCACUCAGACGCAGGAAGUGGAGAACUUGGUGAGAGCAGGCCUCCGGAACCCUGUCCGGGUCUCGGUGAAGGAGAAAGGCGUGGCAGCCAGCGGCGCCCAGAAGACCCCCUCCCGCCUGGAAAACUACUACAUGGUGUGCAAGGCAGAUGAGAAAUUUAAUCAGCUGGUCCAUUUUCUUCGCAAUCGUAAGCAGGAGAAACACCUGGUCUUCUUCAGUACCUGUGCCUGUGUGGAAUACUAUGGAAAGGCUCUGGAGGCGCUGGUGAAGGGCGUGAAGAUUAUGUGCAUUCAUGGAAAGAUGAAAUAUAAACGCAAUAAGAUCUUCAUGGAGUUCCGCAAAUUGCAAAGUGGGAUUUUAGUGUGCACUGAUGUGAUGGCCCGGGGAAUUGAUAUUCCUGAAGUCAACUGGGUUUUGCAGUAUGACCCUCCCAGCAAUGCAAGUGCCUUCGUGCAUCGCUGCGGUCGCACAGCUCGCAUUGGCCACGGGGGCAGCGCUCUGGUGUUCCUCCUGCCCAUGGAAGAGUCAUACAUCAAUUUCCUUGCAAUUAACCAAAAAUGCCCCCUGCAGGAGAUGAAGCUCCAGAGAAACACAGUGGACCUUCUGCCAAAACUCAAGUCCAUGGCCCUGGCCGACAGAGCUGUGUUUGAAAAGGGCAUGAAAGCUUUUGUGUCAUAUGUCCAGGCUUAUGCAAAGCAUGAAUGCAACCUGAUUUUCAGAUUAAAGGAUCUUGAUUUUGCCAGCCUUGCUCAAGGUUUUGCCCUGCUGAGGAUGCCCAAGAUGCCAGAAUUGAGAGGAAAGCAGUUUCCAGAUUUUGUGCCUGUGGACGUUAAUACAGACACGAUUCCAUUUAAAGAUAAAAUUAGAGAAAAGCAGAGGCAGAAACUCCUGGAGCAACAAAGAAGAGAGAAAACAGAAAAUGAAGGGAGAAGAAAAUUCAUAAAAAAUAAAGCUUGGUCGAAGCAGAAGGCCAAAAAGGAAAAGAAGAAAAAAAUGAAUGAGAAAAGGAAAAGGGAAGAGGGUUCUGAUAUUGAAGAUGAGGACAUGGAAGAACUUCUCAAUGACACAAGACUCUUGAAAAAACUUAAGAAAGGCAAGAUAACUGAAGAAGAAUUUGAGAAGGGCUUGUUGACAACUGGCAAAAGAACAAUCAAGACAGUGGAUUUAGGGAUCUCAGAUUUGGAAGAUGACUGCUGAUUCCAGUGCCACAGAUGAACCCACAAGGGCAUAGCUGUUCCCUAACUUGGUGGAUGGCUCCAGUUUGCUUUUAAUGGAAAUCAAAACUUCAGGAGACAUCUGAGAAGAAUCAUGUCUCUGAAAGCUGUCCUUUCAGAUGAGGGAGAAAUGUAGGAUUUCACACUUGGGAAUAUUUUACUAAAAACAUUCCAGUCUUGGCCGGGUACAGUGGCUCCUGCCUGUAAUCCCAGCACUUUGGGAGGCUGAGGCAGGAGGAUCACUUGAGCCCAGGAGUUCAAGACCAGCCUGGGCAACACAGCCAGACCCUCUCAUUAAAAACAACAAAACAAAACAAUUCCAGUCUUGAAGUAGUCUAACAGAAGAAAAUGUACAAUUAUUUGAGUGUAAAUAAUAGAUGUCAGUAUUUAUUUAUCAUGAUGGGUCCCAUAUAUAGACCUAUGUGCAUAUUAUAUAUAUAUGAGUUCUUUUUUCUGAGGCUAUUCUAGUUAUUUUUAAUCAUAAAGGUACUGAAGUAUUCUUGACUUCUGAUUUUCAAAACCAUUCCUUAGUAUCUUUAGGCAUCUGACCUCCUGAAUGUCCCUGGCCCUGGGCUUCAGUUACCCUUUGAUGCCCUGCAGAGGUGGCUAAUGUGCUGGGGGUUUUUCUGUGUUAAGAAUAGUCCCAGUAUUUUUUUUUUUUUUUUUUUUUUUUUUUUGGUGAACAGCUGAAAAACAGAGGCAUUAAGUCAUAUUCCGGGAAAGAGAAUUACAGUUUUUAUGCCUUCUGUUGAAUAAAUGGUGUCCUGAUUGCCUGGGUCUUAAGUGUGUAAAUGUAGCUGGACAGUGUUUUCCCCUAGACGGCCUGGGUCAGCUUGCAGUAUUGACACAACACCACAUCAAAGUCUUUAUCAUAGAGUUUAUUUGAAAAGAUGCUGAAGUUGUUCCCAAGUAUAAUUUUAAAAAGCUGUUUAGGACCCAAACAUAUUUAAACAUCUCUUACACAUACAGAACUUUAGUUUACAAAUAUUCCAGAAGGCAUUUUCUUAAGCAGUGAGCCAUGCAGAAUACUGUUGCUAAAUGUUUCUGCCCGCCUCAUGUUCUCUUGGUACAGUUUUUCCUGUUUGGCUUGAUCCUGCUGAGGAACGUGCUUACCACUGGAAGCCAGACGCAGAUUCGGCAAGUGUUUCUUGCCUCUUACAAGGCACCGCGUGUAACGUCCUGACCAGCUGUUGGUUGUUUGUGGCAGAGGGGUGUGGCUGCUUUUCCCCUGCAUCUCGCAUGCUUUUGGCAGAUCAGUCGAGUGCAGGGGAGGAUGAGGAGAGAUGGACUUGGGCUCAUCUUUCAUCAGUUAAGUAGCCAAUUAUCUAACUUGUAUUUCUGGAAACUGAAAAGGAAAGUUUCUAGAAACCAUAAGAACAAUUUAGGUUGGGAUUUAGAAUAACUGACACAUUUUUAGAUGGGACUGAAAUGAAUAAGAAAGGUUCUCCAAGAUGUAUGAUUUUAAGUCCUUACUCCAUAAAUCUUCAUUAAAACGCA